ACGCCAUAAAACACCUGUAAAAGAAAGAAGAAAGUUCUCGAAAGGCGGUGUCGUCUCUGUAAAAGUCGAAACCCUAACUCUUUAAGAUUCUUAUUGGCGGCGUUUAUUUCACCGGAAAAUGGCGUCAUUCGAGCAAGCACCAGGAGGCGAUGCUAAAGUCGGAGAGAAGAUAUUCAAAACCAAGUGCGCUCAGUGCCACACCGUCGAAAAAGGAGCCGGUCACAAGCAAGGGCCAAAUCUGAAUGGUCUUUUUGGAAGGCAAUCUGGCACCACAGCAGGGUAUUCUUAUUCUGCUGCCAACAAGAAUAUGGCUGUGACCUGGGGAGAGAAUACACUCUAUGACUACUUACUAAACCCUAAGAAGUAUAUCCCUGGAACAAAGAUGGUUUUCCCUGGAUUGAAGAAACCACAAGAUCGAGCUGAUCUUAUUGCUUAUUUGAAGCAAUCAACUUCUUGAAUGAUAAGAUUUCAUUCCUUUUAUUUUCAAUGGGACUUAACUACAUCACAUACUGACUUUUGUUGCAAAUAACUUCAUGUCAUGUUGGACAUGGCUUCAUGGACAUACAUGCAUGUUCCUAGGUUUCAGGUUUCCCUUUUAUGAGGCACUUAUUGUAGUUUUUGUGUCGAAUUAGAACAAAUACUUUGGGAAACAAGAUUUAUAUCUUUUGUUUGGUGGCAAAUGGCAAUGGCAUGUUGGGUUUAAUAUAAA